CAGGAAAUGAACGACAAGUUAAAACGAAAUGAACCCUGCGUGGUCUGCUCCAACCUGCUGAGGGGUUAUUUGGACAAGCACACAUAAAGCGCAACAAACGAGACACAUCGAAGCGCGUUUGGAAGAUGCAGUCAUGUGACAGGCAGCAAACGUGGCGUGUGCGUUGACUGCGCUCGAGUCCCCACCACUGCCGCCAUGCACAGCCAAUGGAGCAGCAGCGCUGGCUCUCGUCCGAUGGGAGGUCCCGAGGCGAGGAGCUCCACGCCCCUCCAGGCCCGCAUGGACUCGUACGAGGAGAAGAAGAAGUGCAUCUCGGACGUGAGGAGGACCUUCUGCCUCUUCGUUACGUUCGAUCUCUUGUUCGUCACCUUGCUGUGGAUCAUCGAGCUCAACGUAAACGGCGGCCUUCCCAAGCAGCUGAACCAGGAAGUGGUCCACUACAACUAUCACGGUUCCUUCUUUGACAUCUUUCUUCUGGCCGUGUUCCGAUUCGCGGUCCUCAUCUUGGCCUACGCCGUCUGCAGGCUGAGGCACUGGUGGGCGGUGGCUAUCACCACUGCGGUCAGCUGCGCCUUCCUCAUUGUCAAAGUGAUUUUGUCAAAGCUGCUGUCUCAGGGUGCUUUUGGAUACCUGCUGCCCAUAAUCUCCUUCGUGCUGGCCUGGAUCGAAACCUGGCUGCUGGACUUGAAGGUUCUUCCUCAAGAGGCAGAGGACGAAAACCGGUACCAGUCCCUGUUGGACGCCAGCACGGAGCGAGCUCCUCUUCUUCAUCCUGGUCCGAUGUCCGACGGCCAGUUCUACUCGCCGCCCGAGUCGGUGGCAGACACAGAUGAGGACCUGGAUGGCAAACCAGGACUCUUUUAAGGGAGCCAAAUGGCACAGGUAGCAUUAAUGCAUGCUGGGGGAAAAAAGACUCAAUGGCGUUGUUUUUUUUUGUUUUGCUUGUUUACUGGUGUCAGGACGCCCAAACAGGAAGUUCUGUGCGCCUGCAAUUGAAGGGAAAACUUUGCCUUACGCUUACACACACACACACACACACGCAGAAUAAAAAUGCUCCUUUCCUGUAAGUGAAGAUGAGCUUUGUUGCCCGCAUGGAGUCGUGAAGACGUACUUGUGGCCAGUAUGAUGAUGUUCUUGCAGAAUGGACUGUUAGCGUGAUCUCAAAAGACAAACAGGAAGCAGAAAAAGUCCAUGCAAAGUGCCGCCUUUCAAAAUAAAAGUGAGUCAACUGUGAA